GGUUGGGGGGGGGGGGACACCGGGUUGGGGGGGGGGGGCGGUGGGGCCGGGCCCGGCCGCUCCGGCCCUUUGUGUCGGCGAGAGGGGAGCGGCGGGGCUGCAGCGCCGGGACCCCAGAGCCCACCCCACCGGCUGCUUUGCAAAGCCCCCCCCCCAACAUCACAACCCCCCCCCCCCCCGGGAGAGUCGUGGGGGGACGCACAGCAACAACGGAGCCCGGCAGCAUGGAGACCCCGACGACGCGACCUCGCUGGCGGCUACAACCGGAGGGGGGCCGCCGGCGUCCCCCGGCCCCUCGCCCCCCCUCGCCGUGCCCGGAGGAGGACACGGAGGGGUCCCCGAUGUCCUUGGAACGGGUGACCGAGAGACGUCGCUGGCCCCGGGGGGAGUGGGCGCGACGGUUGGUACCGGCGCUGCACGGCGGCGGUGCCGGCACGGAGAUGCGUCGCUUGCGUUUCCGGCAAUUCCGGUACCAGGAGGCAUCGGGCCCGCGGGACGUUUGCCGGCGGUUGCGGGAACUGUCGCAGGGUUGGUUACGGCCGGAGGUGCGGAGUAAGGAGCAGAUCAUGGAGUUGCUGGUGCUGGAGCAAUUCCUCAGCAUCCUUCCCGAGGAAAUCCAGAGCUGGGUCUGGGUACGACAUCCCGAAUCCUGCGCCCAAGCCGUCGCCUUGGCCGAGAGCUUCCAGUUGGGACAGGGAGAUCCCGAUGGGAUUUGGGAGCAGCAGGUGACGGUGCGCGUGAAGGUGGAGGAGGUGGCCCCGGGGGACGCAGAGGACCCUGAAGUGUCAGGGGACCCACCGAGCCCCCCGUCGGUGUCACCCCAGUUCCCCUCUGGGGACGACUGGCGGGAGGAGGUGGCCCGGGGCAAGGUCAAGUUUGUCCCCGAGGAAGAGGAGCGGCGCCUGCAGGAAGCAGCAGGUCCCACCAUGGCGAGCAGAGACCCGGAGGCGUCCGUUUUGCAACGGCAAGACCCCCCGCACCCAGCCAGCACCCUUCAGGGUGUCCCGACAGCCAGGACCGCUGCCCAGAGGGGGACGCACCGGCGACAGAUCCCACGGGAUCCCACCACCUUCCCACAGCCCCUCACCCAAGGUCCGCCCAGACCGGCAGAGGACAACAGGAGCCCGGAGAAGCCCUGGGUGAAGCGGGAGCCAUCGGUGCAGGGGAAGGACCGCCCAUACCCCUGCGGCGAGUGCGGCAAGAGCUUCGGCCGGUUGACCCACCUGAAGACCCACCAGCGAACCCACACGGGAGUGAAGCCCUACGCCUGCGGGGCUUGCGGCAAGAGCUUCGGCCACCUCUCCACCCUCACCACGCACCAACGGCUUCACACAGGCGAGCGUCCCUACGCCUGCGGCUCCUGCGGCAAGACCUUCACCAACCCGUCGGACCUCAACAAGCACCAACGGUCGCACACGGGCGAGCGACCCUACCCUUGCGCCGCCUGCGGCAAGCGCUUCAGCCAGCAGUCCAACCUCACCAUGCACCAACGGAGCCACACCGAGGAGCGACCUUACCCCUGCGGCGCCUGCGGCAAGAGCUUCAAGUACUUAGCGGACCUGACGGUGCACGAGCGCUCGCACACGGGCGAGAGACCCUUCCCCUGUCCCCACUGCGGAAAGAGCUUCAGCAACAAGUCCUCCCUCGCCCGGCACACGCGCAUCCACGCCCGGGCGGCCGCCAGGGACAAGUGAUGGGGUUUGGCGGUGGGGAGGAUGAGGAAGGUGACGCCACUUCAUCCCGGUGGAGGAGGUGGUGAUGGGUGGGGGACGGUUGAGGUUGGGUGGGUGGGGUGGACCUGGUGGAUGCCCCGGAUGGCCGGUGCUGGUUUCCUUGCCGGCCGGUGCCAUACGGCUGCUGCGGAUGGACUGGUUUGCCCGGAGGAGAUGCGACAUGGAUGGGGGGGAUGAUGAGCCGAUGCUUGAUGUCCCCCACAAACCCAGCGGCUCCAAGACUUGGCUCCCUGAUCCCAGAGAUGUGACACAGAUAGGGGUGAAGUUGAGCGGAUGACUGAUGUCCCCCACGAGCCUGGUGGCUCCAGGACGCUGCGUCCCAGAGAUGUAACACGGCCGGGGGUGAAGACAAGUUGAUGAUUGAUGACCGCCCCCCAUGAGCCUGGUGGCUCCAUGAUACGGCUCCCUGGGCCCAGAGGAGAUGCAACACGGAUGGUGGGAUGAGGAGCUGGUGACUGAUGUCCUCCACAAGCCUGGUGGCUCCAGGAUGUGUCUCCCUGGUCCUGGAGGAGAUGCAACACAGUCGGGGGUGAAGACGACCUGAUGAUUGAUGUCCCCCAUGAACCUGGUGGCUCCAGGACAUGUCUCCCUGGUCCUGGAGAAGAUGCGACAUGGCUGGGGGUGAAGACCAGCUGAUGACUGAUGUCCCGCAUGAGCCUGGUGACUCCAGGACAGUGUCCCAAAGGAGAUGUAACACAGAUGGGGGAUGAAGACGAACUGAUGAUUGAUGUCCCCCAUGAGCUUGGUGCCUCCCUGGUCCCUCACUCAUCUCCUCAGGGCACUUCCAUCUCCCCUCCACCCUAACCCCACCACCGGGACGCCCCCUUCUUCCCUUUCAAUUGCAACUCACCUUUCCCCCCACCCUCCGCCCCCUUUUUGGUAUUUAUUCAUCGCAGCGAGCGCCGUCCCCCUCCCUCAAGCCCCGCGCGUGCCGGGCCUUAAAUUUCGAGAGAUCGACCUACCUCACCAGCCGCUUGCCUGGUUGCCCACGGCUCAAAAUGGGUGCCGGGGUGGCUUGGGCAAACCUUCGCGGUUCUGCUUCCCUCCUCCGGGCCGGUUCGCGCAAACACACCCCCCCCCCCAAUUUUUGCCCCCCCUUUUGCUGUAACGAUGGUUUUAGCCACC